AAAACAUUGAAGAAGACAAGUCAUUUGCGAAACUAACCCGAAUUGUCACAUGCGGAUGGACAUUUUAAGGCUCGAGUCAAAAGGAAUAUUUUAAAAUUAUCAGUGGGCCUAUCAAAGGUUACGGGACCUGUCAGCACAGCGCCGACAUGAAAAUUUGUUUCGUUUGACUAAUCACGAAUCAACAGUGCUGUAAACGGGGAAUACUCAAACGGAACGUUUAACGGUUGAAACUGCCACCCAGGUGGCGUCCUCUUGAUUGUGCAGACUGAAAAGUACAGGGAGCAGCGAAAAGCUGUCAAGUUGUGCAGAUCACCCAGCACUGAGGCUCAGGACGGAGCUUGGACAGAAGAGAAAGAGAUGAGGAUGCUUCUUUUGGCCAAAAUGCUCACCUUUUCCGAGCUUUGACACUGCAGAGGUAUCAGAGUGCGGUGCUGCAGCAGCACCCUCCUGAAUUCUACUGAAAGAAGAGCAGGAAGAAAGCAUCUUUACUCUUGGGUGGAAAGCGGAGACUGAAAGAGACACUCGUCAGUUACUAGAACGACAUGGGAAAAGAAGCGUCAAACACUUUGUAAGAUGUUUCCUCAUCACAGAGAAAGAGAGCAGCCAAUCUUCAGCACGCGGGCUCAUGUCUUCCAGAUCGACCCAGCCACAAAGCGGAACUGGAUCCCUGCAAGCAAGCAUGCGGUCAGCGUGUCUUUCUUCUUUGACUCCAAUCGCAACGUCUACCGCAUCAUCAGUGUGGGCGGCACCAAGGCAAUUAUCAACUGCAUCGUUACACCCAGCAUGACAUUUACGAAGACAUCGCAGAAGUUUGGUCAGUGGGCUGACAGCAGGGCCAACACAGUCUACGGUUUGGGCUUUGCUACAGAGCAACAACUGCACCAGUUCUCAGAGAAGUUCAAAGAAGUGAAAGAUGCAGCUCGUCUGGGACGGGAAAAAUCCCAAGAUAAAGAACUGGCCAACACAGCCCUCAGCAUUGCUGCACCGCAGUUCUCACAGGACCUCUCCGAUGACCUCCAGUCCCCUCCAGUUAUGUGUGUGAACGGGCCUGAGGACAAGUUGUUUCGCAGUCAAAGCGCAGACAUCACGCUGUCUUCUGAGAAGGAGCGUAUCAAGAAGAUGCUCUCGGAGGGGUCUAUCUGCGAGCUGAACCUGGAAGCGGAGCUCUUCACGCUGCAAGACAGCAACUCCAAGUUAGUUGCUGCGUUGCACGAGGCUAAUGCGAACGUGGAGCAGUGGAAGAAACAGCUGGUUGCGUAUCAAGAGGAAACCGAAAGGCUUCGAGAACAGGUUGCUGACCUGGAGGCCCAUGGGGGUCACGGCCCCAGUGACCUGUUGAAGGACGAGUUGACGCAAUCUCUGGAAGAGUUGGAGGCUCUGUUGAAGGCCAAAGACGAGGAAAUUCACAAUUUGCAAAGCAAGAAGGCAGACUAUCAUGAGGUGGAGCGUGACAGAGAUCAGGCUAUACACAGAUUACGGGAAGUGGAGAUGCGCAAUUCCGAGCUGGAACGCCGUAUCCAGAACACGGAGCAGAACUUAAGCAACUCUUUGGAGGAUCGAGAUCGCAUGGACACUGAGCUCCAGAGGGCCAUCGAAAUUCUAGACAUCAAGAUCUUUGAUCUCAAUGACCUCCGGCAGAGCUUAGUUAAACUUGUGGACAAGUAAAAAGUCAACAUGCAGGAGUUCAAAAUAAUCAUAAUAAUAAUAAAAACAAAUCCAAGAUGGAGCACAGUUACAUGCACCUCAAGCGCAAGAACCAUCUUGUCUGCAGCACUCGCUGUUCACAUGUCGGCCUAAACUGCAUUUUACGUUGUUUUACUUGUCAUAUAAUGUAGCACUUCAUGUUGCUUACCAGGGAAACAAUGCAAUAACCUCAAGGUAACUGCUUCUAAGUGCAGAGUGCAAAAUGUUCUGGUGCUCAUAGUUUUUCCAAUUAAUAUGACAAUUGGAUUAUAAAUUGCAUAUUGUGACUAAUAAGAGGCCUUGUUUUACUGUACAUUAACUGUCUUGUCAGCGAUUCUACAUACAAAACAAGCACACAUUCAUACUACAUUGCAGCCAUUCCACAUAUUGCAGAUAAACCCAUUUGUAACGUGUAUGUAGCUGUCCAUGUAUUAAGUAGCAGCAGGUAGACAAUAGAGAUGAUUCUAAAUUUAAGCAGCUUGGUCUUCUGCGCUAUUACUCACAUUUGGAUGAAUGAAGUACAUAUUAAUCAAUAGGAGGUAUCCAACAUAGGUGUAAUUUAUCUUAUCUGUCAUGCUAUAGUGCACACAUCAUUUACAUUUUGAACUGUGUUCGAAUAAUAAUAAACUUACAGUACUUCUGA